UUUGCUUGAGGGUUGUGCUGUCGGGUACCAGUAGCGUAGCUAGGAACCUCUUGUGCACCUGUAUCGCGCGUUUCUUGGCUUCGACAUUCGCCGUAUCUCCGGCAUUCGCCAACGUUGAAACGGAGCGAUCGAGCGCAGCUUCAAAGGAGCUUCAGCGUGCGUUUCACGAUCUGUGCCGGGACGACUUCCUGAUCGGGCACGAUGACGAGCGACAGACUAGACCUGGACAAGCCGCUGUGGGCUCUCAACACUUUCGUGGGAAGAUGGAAGUACUUCGCGUGGAUGACCGACUUCCGCACCUGCGUCGUCUCCGAGUCAGAGCUGCUCGCUGCCAAAAACUUGUGCGAGCAGUACAGACUUGGCAACGAGCCAGCCGGCACGACCAGAGAGCAGAUCAUCUAUGCGAAGAAGCUGUAUGAGUCGGCUUAUCAUCCUGACACUGGCGAUCUGCAAAACGUCUUCGGCAGGAUGUCCUUUCAGGUGCCGGGAGGUAUGGCCAUCACCGGCGCAAUGCUUCAGUUUUACAGGACGACGCAAGCAGUGGUUUUUUGGCAAUGGGUCAAUCAGUCCUUCAACGCGCUUGUCAAUUAUACGAACAGAAAUGCUAACAGUCCUAUAACUACUAGUCAGCUAGGUGUAGCUUAUGUUAGCGCUACCGUUGCAGCAAUGGUGACCGCAAUAGGAUGUAAAUCGUUUUGGGAGAAACGCGCGAGUCCUCUUAUGGCUAGAUACGUUCCGUUUGCUGCAGUAGCAGCCGCUAAUUGUGCUAAUAUCCCUCUAAUGAGGCAAAACGAAAUCACAAACGGCGUGGAACUCGUCGAUGAAGAUGGCAGAAAACUCACAAGAUCGAAGUUCGCGGCUGUUAAAGGUAUUUCGCAAGUCGUUAUUUCGAGAAUCGUCAUGUGUGCACCUGGAAUGCUCAUUCUGCCGCCUAUAAUGGAAAGAUUGGAGAAGUACGCGUGGAUGCAGAGAAUUAAACCUUUGCACGCGCCGAUACAAAUUAUGAUGUGCGGCAUUUCUCUUUCAGUUAUGGUGCCGACGGCGUGUGCGUUGUUCCCACAAAAUUGUUCUAUCAAAGCGAGCACUCUGCAACGAUGGGAACCAGAAAAUUACGAAUUGCUGAAGAAGAACUGCGAAGGCGGUGCGAUACCGUCGCAUUUGUACUUCAACAAGGGGUUAUAAUGUUAUGUAAAGUUUCUAUUUUACAAAACUCUUAGAUAAGCGCUAUUCCUUUGUAAGUGUCGUUGUUUCAACUGACGCACUUGUGGCGAACUCUUCUGCUGGAACAGAUAUGAAUUCGUGAUUGAUAAUAUCCUUAUCAAGGAUAAUCGAUUGUUGCAAUAGUACCUCCUUUUUUUUAAUACGUUUUAGAAGAUCACGAAACUUUUACGUGAUCUGAAUUAAGUACUUAAUUUCUAACACCGCCUUGAAAUUGUUAGAAGUUAGGAUUAGUCAUGAAACGUAACACGUAUAUCUACAAGGUGAUAAAAUGAAAUUCCAUCGAUAUAUAGAUAUCGUACGAUAGAGAGCGGUUAGCCGCAAUAGGAACGAUAAGUAGCGAAGGAUGAAACGUUGACAAUACACUUUGGUGCUUUGGUAGUCUAAUCACAAACCGUAGCAAUAAUUCUGUUCAAACAAAUGCUCAAUGAUUCUUCUCCAGUGUUUCAAUAUUAAUUUAUAAGUUGUUAAUGUUUUAAUGUUUUAAUAUUGCAAAGAUUCUUUGAGUAUACCGUUAGGCACUGAAAUAUCAUACUUAACAAUAGUAUUGUUUACUUCGUAUUGUCGAAGUAUGUCGAAAGUAAAGGUGCUGCCAUGUAUAGUGAUAUGACAACAAACGUACACAUGUGCGAUUUCGUACAAAUGUGCAAUUGAUAAGAAAUAUAUUAAUAUACGUAAUUAAUAUAUCAAUAAA